AUGUAUUGGAGCAAGGGAAUUUCCCACGUCCUACUUUGCAAUGUAACCCAGCGGGUGUCAUUCUGGUUUGUGGUUACAGAUCCUUCAAAAAAUCACACCCUUCCUGCUGUUGAGAUACAGUCAGCCAUAAGAAUGAAUAGGAACCGGAUCAACAAUGCCUUCUUUUUGAAUGACCAGACCCUGGAAUUUUUAAAAAUUCCUUCCACUCUUGCACCACCAACUGACCCAUCUGUACCCAUCUGGAUUAUUAUAUUCAGUGUGAUAUUUUGCAUCGUCAUAGUGGCGGUCCUGCUCUUGAUUUUAUCAGGAAUCCGGCAACGUAGAAGGAAGAGCAAAGGAGCAUCUGAAGUGGAUGGCACUGAAGAUAAGUGUGAAAAUAUGAUCACAAUUGAGAAUGGCAUCCCCUGCGAUCCUCUGGACACGAAGGGGGGGCACAUUAACGAUGCCUUCAUGACAGAGGAUGAGCGGCUCACCCCUCUCUGA